GUUCAAACUUGGCAACACUGCCUUUCUCGCCAAAGAGUGUUAAAAAUUACAUUACAGAAAUUUGUUUUGAAUUAUCUCGCAUUGAGACAAUUUGAGCGCUGAUAUUUUCUCUGUACUUAUAUUAUAGUUCUUUUUGAUUAUAAUCAAAGCAAUUAUAAUACUUCUAACUUUGAUUUCUAACGUACUAUAUUACCAAUAUUACUUACUUUGUGAUAAUACAUUUGCAUCAGAGACCAAUAAACUAGACUUUGGAUAAUACUGUAUAAUACUCUGAUUGAAAUUCUAGACGAAUGCAAAAUGCCUCUGCCAAACAGAAUAAAUAAGGCGGCAUAUAGAAGUCACACUUAUUCAGGCCCUAGGGGAUCAAGGAAAAGAAUACAAGCAGCUUUAAGAUUGCAUUAUGGCGAAUCUUCACGAGCAGCUAUAUGGCGUAAACGACAGAAAAAGCAGACCCAGAAUAUUGAACAGGAAGAAGCAAAUAAAGUAGCAAUCCAGAACCGGCUCAGUGCACAUAAAGAUCAGAAUGUACCCCAAAUAAAAACAUAUUCACGUGCUAUAACAAAAUUACAGAAUGAGGUUCCAUCAUGUACCACCAAUAUUGAACCGUCUGAACCUGUGGAGGUGGUGUGGUUUGAAUCAGUCAACUCACCAGAAUCUGAAUCAGAUACUGAUGUCUAUGAACUACCGGAGGAAAUAGUUUCUAGCGACAACCUGUCAUUGAUGUCUGGAUAUCGGAUUGUUGACUUGAAGCAUGUACUUAUGUGGGCAUUUAAUAUGCAAAAACAUAGUCAGUCUUGUGAAGGUUCACAAAUAGAAUUUGUCAGUGAAACACAAAAUGGUUUUCACAGCACUUUAACAUUUAAAUGCAGCAUUUGUGAUAAAAACUGGCACCAAAGUACUGAAAAAGAUGAUGAAAUAAAUACAUCGUUUGUGUGGGCAACAAUGACUGCUGGCAGUCAUUACACACAAGCAGCUCAUAUAACAACCCUAAUGGACAUACCAACAAUGGCAGGCAAUAAAUUUCGCGAAAUUAAAAAAAAAAUUGCCAAUACAUGGCACACGCAUUUGACCGAAGAAAUAACAAAAGCUGGUGAGCAAGAGAGAUGUAUUGCCAUUGAAAAAGGGAAUAUAUCAUCUGAUGGUACUCCAUAUGUUACUGUUUUUGUGGAUGGGGGCUGGUCAAAAAGUACAUACGGUCACAACCUUGAUCCAUUAGCAGGAAUGGCUUGUAUUAUUGGUAAGGAGACCAAGAAAUGCCUAUUUUUUGGUGCCAAAAAUAAAUAUUGUUACACAUGUCAAUAUUAUAAACAAAUGAGAAUGGAAGUGAAAGAUCAUCAUUGUUGCAAGAAUUUAACUGGGCCAUUUUCCACAAUAGAAUCCGAUAUAAUUGUUGAAGGAUUCCAAAAGAGUGAAGAAAUUCAUGAUCUCCGUUACCAAAGUUUUAUUGGAGAUGGAGAUUCUUCAGUGUUUUCUCAUUUGAAAGAAAAGGUAUCAUAUGGAAACCAAAUUAAAAAAUUUGAAUGCAAGAAUUAUAUUAUAAAAAAUUACACUAGCACACUUUACAAGAUUUUAGCUAACACAAAGCUUCCACUUUAUGGACGUAAUAUUUUGAAAUCAAGAUUGGUGAAGCUAAUUCGAAUUGCACGAAAAAUGAUUGUACAUAACAGUGGCAAUCCUAGUUCCAUGGUUGACGAUUUACGGAAUGGUCCACAUCACGUCUUUGGAAACCAUGAGAAGUGUAAAGAAUAUUACUGCUCUUUGGUAAACUCUCCUUCUGAUAACAAAAGCAAGAAAAAAAACUUAGUUACAAUUCUGAAAUCAACUGCACCACGAGUGUGGGCUCUCAUUUAUGCUGCUAAUGAAAGAGUUUUUUUGAAGGCUGCAAAUUUAUCUAAUGAGACAACAAAUAUUGCAACAAAUUUUAUGAAUGUUAUAAAUAAAUUUAAUGGUGACAAAAGGCUUAGUCAUAGAAAAGGAGGCUCUUAUCAGCGAAGUGUACACAUUGCAGGAUUGGCGCAGGCAGCUGGAUACAAAUGGCAUGAAACUGGUUCGAAAAAACGGACAGAUCAAAGGGGUAGAAAACAUUUUAAACAAUAUAUUCAGCGAAAGGAGAGAAGCAGGUUGUACCGUCAGAAAUUGAAAUCUCAAAACACAGUUAUUCAAAAACCUAAAACUCUACCUGACAGAGACGAGGGCACACAAGCUAGUAAUGCCGUUGAUAUAGAUGUGGUGGAGUUCCGAAAGAAAUGUGACGAAAGAUUAAAAGAAUUUCAAGAGUGCCCAGAAAAUAUAAGAAAUAUUGAAAGUAAGACUAUAGGGAAAAACGAAAAUGAUAUUAUGUAUGUUAAAUAUAGAUCUGAUCGCCUUAGUGCCAGUCAUUUUGGAAAGGUCUGCAAACGUCGUAAUAUAAGACCAUGUUACACCCAUGUGAAAGAUAUUCUUUAUAAAACUAAUUCUUGUAUGAGAGACCUGGUAUAUUGUGAACAAAACAAAAUUGUGGCUAAAGCCACAUUCGCUAAACAAUAUAAUAAAACCGUAAGGAGAUCCGGUCUUUUUAUUGAUGAACAAUUUGGAUUUUUAGCGGCUAGCUGUGAUGGUGUUAUAGAAGAUGAAAAAGCGGUUAUUGAGAUCCAAUGCUUUACUUCUUUAGUAAGGAAAUCACUUAACAUAGAAACAGCAGCAUCACAAAUAAAAAAUUUUGCUGUACAAUAUGAUGGCCAAAAACUUACUUUGAAUAAAAGACAUGACUAUUAUUAUCAAGUGCAGGGUCAAUUGCGAAUUACCAAAAUGGUCAAAUGUUACUUUGUUUGUUUUGUCUCUUUACAACAACCAGUCACUGUUGUGGAAGUUCUUCGAGAUGAUGAAUUUAUUAGCAAUAUGAUGCCUAAACUUGUAGCAUUUUACAAAAAUUUUAUACUACCAGAAAUUAUUUUGCGACGAAUUAGACAAAAUGCUAAAUGUGUAGAUUUUACUGAUGUAAUAGAUAUAACUUCUUCGAUGUCAAAUUAGUACCGUGACUUCAAGCAACAUCUUUUAUUACGUACAUCUGGAAUUUGUCUUCAUUCAGUUUUAGAAAACAAAUCAUGAGAAAUGGAAGCCAAACAUUGCAAAAAGGUAGAGGUACUCGGGCCUGUUUCGAGCAAAAGAUCUAACAACUCUAAAAAGCAGGAAUGGCUUGUAUUCUUGGUAGAGACCAAAAAAUGCCUAUCUCUUGGUGUUAAAAAUAAAUAUUGUUAUACAUAUUAUGAAUGAAAAGGAAUGGAAAUAAAAGAACAUAGUUGUUGCAAAAAAUUACUGAGCCAUUUACGUCAAUAGAAUCUGAUAUAAUUGUUGAAUGAUUUCAAGAGCGUGAAGAAAUUUAUAGUCUAUGUUACCAAAAUUCUAUUGGAGAUGGAGAUUCUUCUGUGUUUGCUAUAUUUGAAAGAAAAGACAUCAUGGGAAAUAAAUUUAAAGAAUUUGAAUUGAAAAAUGCAAGAAUCAUGUCAUAAAAAAUUAUGCUAACACACUUUAUAAGCUACGGCUUCUGCGGCGUCAAAUAAGUACCAUGACUUCAAGCAACACCUUUUAUUUUCGGAAUUCGUCUUCAUUCCGUUUUAGAAAACGAAUUAUGAUUGCAUUAAAGAAAAAUGGGAGCCAAAUAUUUCAAAAAGCGAGACGUAUUCGAGCCUGCGACGAUCUCGGAAAAGAGUUCAAGUAGCUCUAAAAAGGAAGAAGACAUAUUUAUGAUAAUUGAAGUCAUAUUUCAGAAAAUGGAAAUUUGGAGUGGAGUUGGAUUGCUAAUAUUGUAAGAUACUAAAAACUAUGUUUUUAUAACAUAAUCUAGGACAAAUAUAUCGCCUUAUAGUUUAGUGUCGGUGAAGCUGUGCUGUGGGUUUCAUUCCCGUGGAAGAUAACAACCAUUUGGGCGCCUAUACAUUUUAUUGUCUCGGCUAAGUGCGGUUGCACCAAUUACACCUCUGCCUAAUCUAUUAGGUAAAGGGAAAAGCAGUUUUGUGUAAUAUGUAUGGUCAAAAAUAUGUGUAUUGCUUUGAUUGAAGCAGAACAAAAGCAGUGUCAAGUAGACGCCAGCGGAAUUUGAGUCGAUACUCCGUUCGACGUGUAUCAAGAGACCGACGGGUAUAUUUGGUGAUCAGGAUCGGGCUGUCGUCGUGCGACAUCAGAUCGUGAUGACCGUUUUAUUGUGUCGAUAUCAUUAAGGAACCAAUAUUUGAACGCAGCUGAUCUGGGACAACAGCUCUGGGACGAGAAGUGCGCAAUGUCAGUGUAAGUCGGUGGUCAGUCAGAAGGUUAGUCGAAGGAGGACCCACUGCGCAUCUCCCAGCAAAUGAUCCAAAAUUGACCGCAGCUCGACUUCAAUUUUCCUGAGAUCACGUAAAUUGGACAUUGGAACAGUGGAGAGCAGUGAAGUUGUCAGAUGAGUGCUGACUGACUUUACAUGGUCACGCUGGACACUCAAGAGUCUACACAAGGUUUUCAGAACGUUUUGCACAGUGCUGCAUAAGUGAUAGAGUCGUUUAUGGUGGUGGAUCUUUCAUGUUUUGGGGAAGUAUAAUGAUGGACACUAAAACAGAUAUUCUGCUCAUCACUGGGGCCAAUAUCGGCCCCAGUUCAAGGGGAUUAACUGUUCAAAAGAAUAUAUAGAAGAAGUACUCGAAAAUCAUGUCAAGCCGUUAUCGUGGCUUAUGGGGAAGAAUUCUAACUUAUGCAUGAUAAUGCCAGACUGCAUGUCGCUGCGACAGUCCGGGAUUACAUGGACGAUGUGGAAAUUAACGCGAUGUUGUGGCCAGCUCGCAAUCUUGGCCUCAAUCCUAUUGAGCACAUCUAGGACAAGCUCACAAAAAGAGUUCGGGAAAAAUUCCAACAUCUGUGUACCGGCGUAAAGAUUGACGCUUCUGUAGACGAACAUGGUUACGUUCCUGUAUAGAAGGGGAAGGUUUCCAGUCACGUAGAUGUUGCUUGUGACCGGCCGCAGCCCCUCCGACGGUUCCCAUUCGGAAAUGGUAUAUAUUAUGCUGCGUGUCCCGCAAAUUCUGUUAUCGCAAGUCAGUAUUAUCUAUCACCAUCUAGCGUGAUCGCUGUGCGUUAUUGCUACAUUUGUAACAAUGCCAUAUUGCCAUGUUCCAUCGAUGUUGAAGAGAUGGUGGUGUAUAUACUAAUUGUACCGCCACACUUGAGUGGCUGCAAGAGCUUUAACUAGCAAUUAACGCAGAAUGGAACGCUAUCCCCCAAGAUUACGUGCUUAAAUUAAUAAGGUUCAUAAAAAUCCGGUUAAGAGCCUAAAUUUAAGCUAGAGGAGCGAAUACGUCUUGUUAAUAAAGAUAUUUUUUCAGAUUUU